AUGACUAUGGCGUUUUGGGGUGUUCCUCUUGUAACAUCACCUAUAUGGGGAACGGGAGUUCUUUUGGCAACAUCUAUGAUGAAUGAUGCAGGUCUCCCGAAACGACAAAAGUAUCAAGCCAUAUGUAUGAUGGCUCUCGUAGCCAUGCCAGUCACACAAACCUAUACCAUCUACAAGACGUACAAAUAUGGAUUCUCAAACGAGGUUGCUUCUAUUCCUAUCAUUCCUUUUGCUGUCUAUGCUGCAAGUAGUUUCUUGGCAUUUCUUUAA